AUGUUGUUCGUAGACCAAGGCAAAACCCUGAGCAAGGUCGCUGAGAUCAUGAAAAUAUAUGGCCUCUAUGCAAGCGAAUCGCAAUACGAGCGCCAACUGAAGACAUGGGGAAUACGGAAGAACCGCACAAGAGACGAAUGGCAUCUCAUCAAUCGUGUGGUAGAAGAGAGGCGUCGCCAGGGAAAGGAAAGUAUUGUCUUGAUCAACGGUGUUGAGCAGUCGAAGGAGAAACUCGAUCGGGAGUUUGCGAGGAGUGGCUAUCGUGAACACGGAGGUAUGAUCAUUGACGAAUACUAA